AUGGAUAUCAGCAAGGCCUAUGAUAGACUUGAGUGGGGUUUCAUUCGGGAUAUGCUUUUUCGACUGGGUUUUGCGCAGCAAUGGGUUGCUUUGCUGUUCUCUGGUAUCUCCACUGUUCGUUAUUGGAUCCUACAUGAUAGCAAGGAGUUAGGCCCUAUUGUUCCUACAAGGGAGUUGAGAGGGGCUUUUCCAUCUCCUGCAAAAUUGUAUGAACAAUGGAAGCCUUAUGGGUAUAGGGUUUCUCGGGGUGGCCCGCAGAUUUCUCACCUUUUUUUCGCAGAUGAUAGCCUGAUCUUCUUCAAAGCAAAUGUUCAGGAGGCUUUGGAACUCAAGCGUAUCCUUCGCAUGUAUGAAAAUGCGUCUGGACAGGUGGUUAACUUUCAGAAAUCAUCUAUCUUCUUUAGUAGGUACACUCCUGUGGCUCUUCGGGACUCUGUUUGCUUAGUGCUUCAGGUUGAGGAGAAACUAGAUUUUGGAAAUUAUUUAGGACUUCCUUCUCAUGCUGGGAAUAAUAAGAGGGAAGUGUUCAGUUUUGUUAAGGAUAGAUUGUGGAAAAGGCUGAAUUCUUAG